GUACGGCUUACCGGCACACGCAAACGAUAUCCUCUCGCUUUGCUAUCGCGCGUCCUCCGCGACUAUCCUCGCCCCUCGUCGGCUGGCUUGGUGGUGGUGAAAGACGACGGCGACGAGCCAAGAGGAAUAGCGGAGAGAGAUCGGUUGCGGAGCGCUUGCGCGCGCACUCGCACUCGCGCCGCUCCUCGACGUCGUUUUGCAAGGAAAUUGAUUCUGCGCGAAACGCCAGGCUACGAGGGAGCAUCGUCAGAAGAGCCGGGCUCCGCAGACCGCGCACACACCGCACAGGGGGUUGUUCGCAUCGUUCGCCUCGCACGACACCGUCCGAUCCGCCACUUGGUCCUUCGUCUAGCCGUCGGGGGCACGACUGUUCGUCGACCGUGCGCGACGUUGCUAUUAUGUAAGGGGACGUCGUGGUCGUGGUCGUUGUCGCGUUCACUUGGGUGCCAGCGGGAACAUAGCAGAGGACGCGAACACGCACUGGACACGCGAAGGGGAGAGAACACGCGCUGGAAGGGCGACAUGCGAAGAGACGCGUCGCGCCGGCCGCGUUACGACCACACACAGACGUGCCACGAUCAUCGUAACCACCACCGAUCUGUGCAGGAGUAGGAACGUGAUAUUCGCAGGACGAACACUGCAGGAGAGCAUCCAUGGAAUUGAAAAUCCUGUGGUUCGUUCAUAUCGUGGGAAUUUGCUCCGGUUUGCGAGAGGUGCGCAUCCAGAUACCGACGGCCGUGAAGAAAGGUGACUCGGCGAUACUCAACUGCUGGUAUGACACCGAGGGGGAUCUUUUAUACGCCGUCAAGUGGUACAAAGGGGGUCAAGAGUUUUAUCGCUAUGCCCCGAACGAGAUCCCGGUCGUCAAGACUUUCCCCAUCGGCAACCUGACGGUGAAGAAAAGCGAAAGCAACUCGACCCGGGUUGCCCUGACGAACCUGGAACUGGACGCAGCGGGCGUCUACAGUUGCGAAGUGUCCGCGGAUGCUCCUUCGUUCCAGACGGCCUGCGUCCAAGGCACCAUGAACAUAGUCGAAUUACCCUCUCAAGGGCCGUCGAUACACGGGUUAAGGAGGAAAUACCGGAUCGACGAUAUGCUACGUUUGAACUGCACAUCCGGACGGAGUAAACCCGCGGCCAAUCUCACCUGGUACAUCAACGAUCGACAACCGCUGAAGUCGCACGUCCGCACGUACAGUCCCUUGGACACGAACGAGUCCGAGUGGCACGUUUCACAGAUCGGCCUUCAGUUCCUCGUUACGCACGACCAUUUCGCGGGGGGCAAGCUGAAAAUACGAUGCAGCGCCUCCAUAUACGACAUUUACUGGCAGAGCACCGAGGUCAGCACCGAGGAGGACAAACCGAGGCUGAUACACUACGAACCAGCGGCGACCAUCGUUGGGAUCAACUACCUACAGCCGCCACCCAACUUCCAGACCGGUCAGAAGAAACCCGAUGGACACGUUGGAGUCAAAGUUCUCGGCUCGUCCAGGUCGGAGAUGCGGCUGCCGUUGGCGCGGCUGGUCCUGGGACUGUUCGCGUUCCUUUUGAUCGCCAUUCGUUAACCGUACCGCAUUCAACUACGCGCGCUUUGGAGCUGUUUAUAUAAAUCGACGUGCUUGUAAGAAAGUCCAGGCCGCUUUGUGUCGCGCGAUGGUCGUCCUCCGGCGACGCACGUGCCGCCGCGUCGCACCCUUCUCUGGACCACAGUGAGAGAGAAAGGAAGAGGAACGCGGCUGAAGAUCGAACGAAAACGAGACGAAACGACGGGUUAUUAGGAAGUUUCGAUGCUGGAUAAGUCGGUUGGAUCGAGCUGAAGAAACGGAGCAGCAGCGAGAAAGGCAAAGCAGAGGAGGCAAUGGACAGGGGAAAUUCGCCGGUGAAUCGCGGAGAACUGGAUACAGCUAUAGCUCGCGGCAUCUUAAUUUUCUCUAUGACGAUGGCGAUCGACGAACCAACUUCUCGCGAGAGGAGGUACAUCCGCGAUCGGCCAAAAAUCGGAGAAGAAACGGGCAACGUCCGAGGAAUAUUUUACUAUUAGAUACUAUGUAUUUGCUUUCUCUUUGGCAGAAAUCGUGUGUUCGCAAUGUGUAGUACACCGUUUACGGUGCCAUCGUUUCCAAGAUGAAAAUGACACUUUUCUUUUUCAUACUUUUAUAAAGCCCGAAGAAGGACUAACUAAACUCGUAGCGUGGAUGUAUAUAUAUAUAUAUACAUGUAUAUUCUAUAUAAUAUAUAUGUGUGUGUGUGUAUAAUCUGUCUCUAUAUCCGUCUCUCACUGCCAUUAUUCAUUGCCUCUAAUUCUCCUCUUCUUUUAACUCUGUCAUUCCACCCGUGCGUCGAUUUUAAUUUUGAAAAAAAAAAAAAAACAAAAAACAAAGCGGUCCUAUCACAUCACGCGAUUCACCUAAACGAACAAGAAGAAUGAAACGGAAUAUCGAAGUGCGUAAGAAACAGUGAGCGAGUAGAUGUACCUGAUGAAUCGGAUAUUCGACGAGUCACUUUGCGUUGCUACUGUUAUCGUGUCUAACAUUCUUGUAAUCGAGGACGAUGAACGAAACCGAAGAGAAAGGAUGGUGCUGUUGCGCCACAACGUUCUUCCCGCGCGAAUUGUUCGCCGUCGUGAAAAGCUCUCGUGCGGGGAAAAUAGGCGGCAACGGAGAAAACAAAAGGGCAGGACGAAAGAGGGGAAAAGAUUAAAAAAAAAAAAGAGCCAAACAAACGAGGAAGAAAAGAACAUUGGUGAAAGAAAAGUUUAUCUGUUUACGGUUGGAAAAGAGAACAAAUUUGGUCGUUUGUUAUCCGUACGCUUUUCUGUUCUAUCCGCGUUCUGCACACCGUGUAAUUCCAUCGGCAGAAGGUUAUUACGUAUUCGGUUUAUUAAAUUAAUAGCCAUUUACCGUUCGAUUUAAUGCGUUUCCCUCCGAUACAUUUGUCAACCGCGUGUGACACGCCUUCGUACGUAACGAACAACAAAAGCGAUUUACACAGUCACGUUCUGUUUACAAUGAAUAUCGAGCUUACUGUUCUCCCCCGUCUGCUUCCGGUUUGGAACGUUGUUUCCUGUUGCUCACGCCGGUGCAUCGUUCGCCUCGAAUCGGUACGCGCGCAAACUCCGCGUCUUGCGACUCGCGUCGCUCGAACAAUUAUUUACUUAUUCUUUUAUUUGUCGUUACGGACGUCGACAACGGACGAGGCAUGACGAUCGAACAAGAAAGAAUCAGAGAAAGAGAAGACGAAAAAAGGAAAAGAAAAGGAAGAAUCGAAAGAAGCGAUACGAAGAAUAUCGUAUAUAUAUAUAUAUGUAUAUGUAUAUGUAUAUUAUGUAUUAACGAGCGAUGUGUGCUAGUAUUAGUUACGAAUUAUCGAUUAAGGAUCGCAACGACUGAAUAAUACUCUACAUGAUUUUCUAAUUGUAAUAAGUAUUUUUGAAACCGUCAUCGUUUCUACGUAGCUAACGCGAGCGAGCGUUCGAUAGGGAACGUGUUUCAUUCGGAGAAUUAGCCAAAGAGAACAAAUAAAAACGAAUAGACGAGGGCGAAGAAACGAGAAGGAGAGAAAAAAAAACGCAUGAGAGCGGUGUAAUUGAUAUUUUCGAACGAGAUAUUGUGCGUCUAAUAGAAAGAAGAAAGAAUAAAAUAAUUGUAAAGUGUCAGAGAGAGAGAAAGAGAGGGAGAGAGAGAGAGAGAGAGAGUGUGAUAUCUCGCGUGCACGCAGCAUAGUUUCACGAUUCUUUGUGUAAUAGAGACGAUGUUAGCGGAAUUUUUGCCAAUUUUUUGGUAUCGAUGCUCGUUAUGUUCCUCAGCUUGUCACGAUACGAAAGAAUAUUUAUGAUAAUAAUAACGAUAUGACCACAACGUCGUAUUUCAUUUCAUUUCAUUUCAUUUCAUUCAAAAGCUCACCGUCGUUUUCUUUCUUCCUCGCUAUUACUUUUCAUUCUACCGUCUAUCGUCUUUAAUUCGUAUCAUUACAAAACACUAUGUAAGAAGAGCAUAAAAAGGAUAUCGAAAUACAGAGUAAUAUCGUACUCCUUUUAAAGAUAUAAAUCCUACUCCCUUCCGCUGUUUGACUUCUCGCAAGAAAUCGGUCGUCCCUUUAAAAAUCGCAGCGAGCGGACGCCCUGCGAGGGAUAGGGGACGGAGGAAGGGUAAAAAGGAAAAGUAGCUUACUCAGAGUCUCUCAAUACCACUUAACCUCCUUUUUUAAAUCCCUGUUUUAUUCGCCACGAUAUAACGUAAUUCCUAAUGACCGUUCAUGAAAAUGCAGCAUAAAACGGACCAAAUAUUCCAGCGCACGAAUUAUCCACGGCUUUACGUAUUAGUACGGAUAAGAGGCAAUUUCGAGAAGCGAUCUUUUUUCAUCGACGAUAUCCGUGUUCCUGCCAUUGAAACAACCCCUUAACGAAUCAGCCGAUUUUUCACCAAAGUCGAUCCGAACGCCGCCGAUUAACAAACGCUAUUUUAUCAAACGCUCGCCGAUUGAAUCGUGUUUCGCUGGCAUUAUCACUCCAUUUGUUUCCGCGUCACAGGCAAUAAUGCUGAUGAAAUAAUUCAAUUACCCGUUUUGCAUGCGAUACGAUCAUCAUGGCGGUGCGCGUGCAACACGGCCUCGCUCUACUCCUAACUUUCGCCCCUAUUAAUCUUCGAAGAUGCGCUAUUCACCACCGACUAAUCCGUUUAUUCUUUUAAAUCCGAAAUCCGAUAUCUCGUUCGAAGGGCCACGCUCUGCCGCGUCACGCUUUUACUUACACGAGAGGCUUAAACGCUUGUUGUGUUUUGUACUUUUGUUUUUUCUUUUUUUUUUUUCGAUCUUCCACCUCCCUGAAAAACCAACGCUGCAUGAUAUUUG